AUGAGGAUUGGAUGGGCAAUUGUGCGCGCAGAAAUACUCGAGGCAAGACCCCUCCAGUGCUACAAAUGCCUGGAGGGGGGACACGUGCGCGCACGAUGCCCGAACAAUGUAGACCGCAGUGGUAGAUGUUACCGCUGCGGUCAAGAUGGACACGCGGCCAAAAAUUGCACGGCCGACGUGAAAUGCCCGGUGUGCGCGGACAAGGGGCUGCUUGCUAAUCACAGAGCGGGUAGCAGGACGUGCACGCCGGUGCAAAAAGGUAAGAGGGGCGUCCUCAUCAAUAAGGUGGAUCGUUCCCAAACAGGGACCAAAGCGCCCAUUAAGGGAAAACAGAAAGAUCUCCAAGGCCAGGACAAGGAGCGCCCCCUUAUCGACUUCAAUGAGGAGCCCAAAGAAUAA